AUGUUAACAGGUCUACAUUUAGGGGCUAUACUAGCGUCGGUGUCACCAGCUGUAGUGGUACCUACUGUAGUGACACAGGAUGCACACGGUUUUGGAGCUAAGAACCAGAUAGCACUCCUAGUUGGCAAUGCCGGGGGUUUGGACACAGCCUUCACCGAGGGCAUGUUCGGUGUAAUAAAUAGUGCCAUUUUCUACCCUUCCUCGUUAACUUAUAGAAUAGUAAAAGCAGCUCUAGCAAUAUUCCUAGGCAUUGGCCUUGGUAUAUCGUGGGGAGUUUUAGCGGACUUUAUACCGGAUCACAAUGACCCAUAUGCUCCAGCAGUGCGAAGUUUACUUAUUUUUGCCGGUGGUUAUCUCGUCACUUGUGCAGGCGGAUACUUCGGUUGGGGCGGUGUGUAGCCAUCUACGAGUCGUGCUGCAACUUCAGUUAGAGCACCUUCCUGUAACAACGCCUAA